CUCUCGCAGGCAGUCGUGAUGCCGCGGCGCGCGCAUCGCCGCGCCAUGGAGGCUCGUCCACUCCCGGCGAUCGCGUGCGUGGUCUUGGUGUUGACGACGAUAGGCCUGGAGAGCGUGAUGUGUCAACUCCUCGGACUCCCGCAAUUGACUCAAACGCUGCUGCCGGGUCUGGGUGCCCUACCUCGGCCGCCAGCUACGCCCGCCGCUGCUGUCGCGCCGGUCCAGAAUCUGGCAUCGACGCUCACCCAGCUGCCCGGCCUGGCUCAACUGCCCGGAGCGCAGCAGCUGCCGACAGUGCCCGGAGCGCAGCAGCUGCCGACAGUGCCGGGAGUGUCGCAGCUGCCGACGGCGCCCGCCGCGAACCCGGCGGGGCUGCUCCCGUCCCUCCCGACACCCCUGGCUGUGCCGCGGGUGACCCUCCCGGCUCCAGCAGGCACCGGUCAACAGCCAUCCACUCUUAGACUGAUGACGAACACCCUCAGGCAGUUGAACCAGCAGCUCACCAACAUCAGAAACCAGCUGUCGACGGUGGGUGGGCUGACACCAUCCGGCGUGAGCCUGCUGCAAUUCCGCACCACCCCGGCCAUCAUCAGGCAGGGCAUCCAGGCCGUCCGAAACCUGCAGCAGGUGGCUGCCAGUCUCGGCCAGGGCCAGCAGCUGCCCGUGUCGGAGCUGAUCUACCCCUCUGCCAUUCGGACCGUUCUGAACGGCGCCAGCGCCCAGCCGACGGACAGCAGGACCGGCCAGACCUCACGCAUCGCCUGCGCCACUACGAGACCCACGUCGUGCGGUCGCGGUCCGUAUCGCACCAUGGACGGCACGUGCAACAACGAGGCGCAGCCAUUAUGGGGCAGCGCUGGCACUCCCCUGAUCCGGAUCCACCGCAGCACCUACCCCGACGGCAUCCUGCAGCCCCGCACGGCCGGCGUCGGCGGCACGCCGCUGCCGUCGGCGAGGCUCAUCAGCGCGCGCUGCACCCGCGUCCGCGAGGGCGUCGACUCGCGGACGCACACCCUGUCCGUGAUGCAGUGGGGGCAGUUCCUGGACCACGACAUCACGCACGUGCCCGUCCAGAGGUCGAACUCGACGACCGGCCUGGACUGCUGCACGCGCGGCGUGCCACGGGACGUCGUACGUCGCCUGCCUGAGUGUUUCCCCAUCGAGGUUGCCGCCAAUGACCCGUUCUAUGCGCGGCACGGGGUGCGCUGCCUCAACUUCCUGCGCAGCAUCCCGGCGCUGGGCCGCAGCUGCGUCAAUGAGCCGGCCCAGCAGCUGAACCAAAUCACGCACUGGAUCGAUGGCAGCAACGUGUACGGCAGCGACUUGGCGGGCCUGGCGCAGCUGCGCCGGGGCCGCUCCCGCCGCCUGCGGCUCUCCCGCGACGGCCGGCUGCCGCGCCUGCCGCACGGUGCCGAGGGCUGCGUCGAGAACGCCGGCAACGGCAUCUGCUACCGGGCAGGCGACUCGCGCGUGAACGAGCAGAUCUCGCUGACGCUGAUGCAUAACAUCUGGGCCAUCAUGCACAACCACAUCGCCGACCGUCUGAAGAGGCUGAACCCAGCCGCGUCCGAAGAGGACCUGUUUCAGGAGGCCCGGGCCCUGAAUGUGGCGCUGAUGCAGAAGAUCACGUACGAGGAGUGGCUGCCGAUCGUGCUGGGCCCGUCGUUGGUGCGGAGGCUGCGGCUGGACCGGCCGGCCCGCUACAUGCCCGCCCUCCACCCGGGCAUCAUCAACGAGUUCUCCGCGGCCGCCUUCCGCUUCGGACACUCCCUGGUGUCAGGCGUGGUCAAGGUGGCGGGCGGGAGCCGGCCGGUGCGGCUCAGUGACGUGUUCUUCAGCCCCGGCGCCCGGCUGCAGGAGCGGGGCAUGAGACUGGCCGUGGCGCGCAGCCUGGUGCAGCAGCCCGGCCAGGCCAUGGACACUACGUUCUCCGGCGAGAUCGUCGGCAAGCUUUUCCGCGGCCGGCACAAGCACGGUCUGGACUUGGUGGCGCUCAACAUCCAGCGCGGCCGCGACCACGGUAUCACCACCUACGUGCAGGCGCGGACCGCGCUCAGGGCCGCCUGUCCUGGCCUGGCGGCGCCCGUCAGCACCUGGCGGCAGCUGGCCGCCGGCAUGUCGGCGCGCGCCGUAUCGCGGCUGCGCUCCGUGUACCGGUCCGUGGAGGACAUUGACCUGUACGUGGCCGGGGUCGCCGAGAAUCGGGCCGCUGAGGGCAUACUGGGCCCCACCUUCCAGUGCAUCCUGGCCGAGCAGUUCGCGCGGCUCAAGUACGCCGACCGGCACUUUUACAACCACGUCGGCUCGAUGUUCAGCCGGGCUCAGCUGGCGGAAAUCCAGGCCACCACGUGGUCCUCCGUGCUGUGCCACACGUUCCCGGCGCUGCGUACCGUGCCGCGUAACGGGUUCCUCCGCUCCGGCAGAGCACCGGUGCCCUGUUCGCGUGUAGCCUCGCUGAAGAUGAGGAGCUGGCGGAGCGUGCUGCCGCGCCGCUGACGGCUCCGCCCAGCGGGAGUCAGCUGAGCCUGGCCGGCACCGUGCGGGGCGGACCGCCCCGGCGCCGACCGGCCCAGCUCACCGGAAGCCACGCUCGGGACGGGGCGCAGGUGCUCCCAGUGACGCGCAGCCGGUCCGCUGGCCAGGUGGCCACACAGCUGUCAGGAAUGGACAUGUUCUUCGCGGAUGCGUAACCAGGCAGAAUCACCCUACUUUAUUCUAAAA